AUGACCGCUGGCGUCAUUGGCUUUCUCAUGUGCGAGCUGUCAAUCAACCACGGCCUCACACUUCGCCAGCUCGCGAACGAGCUAGAACGAGCAUGCUCAAUCUCGACCAAUCUUAAUCUGUGGUUGUCUCGCACAAGUGGUCGCAGCAUCAGAGGCAGGCGCGCUGUCAAGAAGGUGCUGGCAGGUGGUGGACAAAACCUGCAGACAAAGCUGGGCAGCAACGAGUACCCGCACUCCAACGAGUUCAUUCGCAAUACGUUGCGGAAGUUCGCAGACGUGAGCAAUGUGGUGGUGAUUUUGGACAACGAUCCGUGCCACGCACGCGCUGAACUUGUCUUCCAAGAACCAGAGUUUGCGGCAGCGACGCUCCUAUGCUUGGGUCCAUACUCACCUAUGCUUAAUGCAAUUGAGAACGUGUUCUCAGUGUUUAAGUCGGCUGUGAAGGACUUCAUUACUCAAAACCACGCGGAGAUCAUCGUUGUUCCGCCUGGGGCCACGAUGAAAGCGCACCGCCAACGCUUCCUGAUCGAGGCUGCCGAGACGCUUUUCCCCCAUGCUGCGACUGCGCAGCUGUGUGCACCCUGCUACAGGCACACGUUCAGAUUCCACGUCAAGGUGGCGGCGAUCGAAGACAUGCCAGUCGGCUGCUAA